AUGCCGCGCCGAACACACAAGAAAUCCCGCAAUGGCUGUAUCGAAUGCAAACGCCGCCAUAUCAAGUGUGAUGAGCGUCGGCCCAUGUGCUCCAAUUGCACCGCAUCUGAACGACGUUGCGAAUUCGGUAGCCCUGCCCUUCUCGUACGGGCUUCACCAAGUACCAGCCAGGGUCAGGCAAACGCCUCGCCUGCAACAAGAUCUCCGACACCAUAUCCGGAUUUUCAAUCCAAUGGAGCCCCAGAGGGAGCCCCGGUAAACAUGCUCCACGUGGAGCUCCUCUAUCAAAUCACCUUGGAACUGCCCGAUUGGAUCAGCCCGUCAAUCCAACAAUCGGGACUUUCUUUAACCGAGAUAUUUAGAAUCGGAAUGGGCGCACCAUAUCUUAUGAAUAUAAUGCUCGCCCUCAGCGCCUUACAUCUCAGCAUCAUUAAGCCAGAAAAGCAAGACUUCUACCGACACCAUGCCACUCAUCUCCAAACAUAUGCUUUGAAUAGCUUCAACAAUCUGUCUCCAAACAUUGACGAAGGAACAUUUAUACCAGCUUUUAUUUUUGCUGCUAUUUUGGGACUAUAUCUACUCUGUGACACGCUGGUGUUUCGUGAGAAUAGCUUUGAGGAUUUUCUUGAUCGAUUUGUUCAAUAUGUGCGUCUCCAUCAAGGGAUACGAACGAUAACAGGAGAGGGUAGAUGGGAAUCUUUGCAGCACACAGUGCUGAAGCCAAUGUUGCAAGAAAAUCGGCAUUUUCUUCAAAUGGAUGCUGACCUUGGAUCAGUAUGUGCGUCGCUACUUGGGCGUAUCGAAGAGUCAGAAAAAGACACGGCAAGAGUGAAAGUGUAUGGACAAGCUGUCCAGGCCCUCCAGGCUAUAAUGAUAGCCAUUGAUAAAGACCAUACUGCCACUGGAGCCAUGCGUGCUCUUGUUGCGUGGCCGGUCAUUGUCCCUCCCGCCUAUGUUGACCUUGUCUCGUCACGGCGGGGAGAGGCUCUUGUGAUUUUGGCACACUAUGGAGCAUUGAUUCAUCGUCUUCGGGAUAAAUGGGUUUUUCGAGAUGGGGGUCAAUUUUUGGUCGAAUCGAUUCAUACAUAUCUGGGCUCUGCAUGGUUGGAAUGGCUGGAGUGGCCAAGAAGCUUCAUAAUGCAUAAUGGUUCUUGA